GUGGACUUCGGUGGUUAGCAGCGUCUUUGUCUGUGCGCUUCUGUUGACGAUCRGAGGGUUGAGAUUGACAAGAAAUGACUCACAGAAGUCUGUAUUUCAAUGAAAGUGAUUCAACAAAACGUUGUUCUACCGAARGAGAUUCUGAUAGAAAUCAUCCACUGUUGAAGACAGUCUCAUGUGCUAACAGAAGCGCGAACAGCCACGGACACUACAAGAGAUGGAUCAAUGAGGACCGUCACACCAUGCUACGACAGACGCUGGCCAAGACACGGAGGCUGGGCAUGCGGGGGCCGGCCUACAUGUUCAGCGCCCGCUCAGCCAGCCUAUCCCUGACCGAGGAGCGCUUCCUGGACGCGGCGGAGUACGGCAACAUCCCCGGGGUCCGCAAGAUGCUGGAGGAACUUCCUGAACUCAACGUCAACUGUGUGGACUACAUGGGCCAGAAUGCAUUACAGCUGGCGGUGGCCAAUGAGCAUCUAGAGGUUACGGAGCUGUUACUGAAUAAGGAUAAUCUGGCCAGGAUAGGGGAUGCUCUUCUGUUGGCUAUCAGUAAAGGAUACAUUAGGAUAGUGGAGGCUAUAUUGAGUCACAGGUCCUUCGCAGAUACACAGAGGCUCGUCAACAGUCCUGGCCAAGCAGAGACACAAGACGACUUCUUCUCCUAUGACGAGGAUGGUACACGGUUCUCUCAUGACAUCACCCCCAUCAUCCUGGCCUCUCACUGCCAUGAGUACGAGGUAGUACACAUCCUCCUGAGGAAGGACGCCCGUAUCGAGCGACCACACGACUACCUCUGUAAGUGUGGCACCUGCAGCUACCACCAGAAGCAUGACUCGUUCAGCCACUCUCGGUCCCGUAUCAAUGCCUAUAAAGGGCUGGCCAGCCCGGCCUACAUGUCUCUCUCUAGCAAAGACCCUGUGAUGGCUGCCCUGGAGCUGAGCAACGAGCUGGCUGUCCUGGCUAACAUCGAGAAGGAGUUUAAGAAAGAUUACAAGGAACUGUCCGUGCAAUGUGAAGACUUUGUGGUCGGACUGCUGGACCUGUGCCGUAACACGGAGGAGGUGGAGGCCAUCUUGAAUGGGGACAUUGAUGCCAGUGAAAACUAUGAGCCACAUGGAAGACCAAGCUUUAUAAGACUAAAGCUCGCAAUAAAAUAUGAACUGAAGAAGUUCAUAGCCCAUCCAAACUGCCAGCAGCAACUCAUGUCUAUCUGGUACGAGAACCUGUCUGGACUGAGACAGCAGACCAACGUUGUCAAGUUUCUGGUAGUUCUGGGUGUAGCUGUUGGACUGCCUGUCCUGGCUCUGCUCUACUGGGUGGCACCGACUAGCAAGCUGAGAGGGGUGGUCCUGUACGGUCAUGUUAGGGAGCAGUUUGGUACCCUGGAAGCGAUCCGCUGCAUUCAUCACCAGCAGGCCCAGGAAGAUGGUGAAGGAAGCUGCAUGGGCCACGACUUCAGGAAGGGACGCACGGAUUAUCUUCCCCAGCUGAGAAGAAGAGAGAAGAUGAAUAGUAGCCCCUAUGGAACCCAGAGACCAGAGGACAGCCUUGAGGUAGAUGAAAUAUUUAUGGCGUUCUGGCAUGCGUAUGCAGCACAGAGCUACGUCAACAAGCACUUUACCAACCUGUCCAACAUUACCCUGGUCCCAGAGAUAGAAUACUACAGACUGGCCCGUAAUAACUGGGUUCCCUCGGACCCCCAGAUCAUCUCAGAGGGUCUGUAUUCCAUCGCUGUGGUACUGAGCUUCUCUCGCAUCGCCUACAUCCUCCCAGCCAAUGAGAGUUUCGGGCCCCUGCAGAUAUCUCUGGGACGCACGGUGAAAGAUAUCUUCAAGUUUAUGGUGAUCUUCAUCAUGGUUUUUGUGGCCUUCAUGUUUGGAAUGUUCAAUCUCUACUCCUACUACCUGGGAGCCAAGCAGAACGACGCCUUCACCACAAUUGAGGAAAGCUUCAAGACGUUAUUCUGGGCCAUAUUUGGCCUGUCCGAAGUCAAGUCAGUGAAGAUCAACAAUGGCCAUAAGUUUAUCGAGAAUAUCGGCUAUAUCCUUUAUGGGGUUUAUAACGUCACCAUGGUGAUCGUCCUGCUCAACAUGCUCAUUGCCAUGAUCAAUAACUCCUUCCAGGAAAUAGAGUUGGAUCAUCCUAAGAAUUCAACUGCUGGAGGUCUGGCUUGUCCGAGUCGGCACCAGAAGAUAAUGAGACGCCUCAUCAAGAGAUAUGUGAUACAAGCACAGAUCAAUAAAGACAGUGACGAAGUGAAUGAAGGAGAGCUGAAGGAGAUUAAACAUGACAUCUCUAGUUUACGCUACGAACUCCUGGAGCAGAAGAACCACAAUAUGGAGGAGUUAGCUGAGCUGAUCAGGAGACUGGGAGAGAAGAUACCUGCCGAGCAACAGAGGCAUCAGGGUCAGAUAUAGGUAUAUGUAUCCUAUAUCAUCUAGGAUCUAUGAUGAGUUACCUGAUCAGGAGGGAGAGAGGACACCUGCCAAACACCAGCCAUAAACGCUGAGCAUAUAAAUCAUUAUACCUAUUUCCAUGACAGAGUUCAGGUGAAAGUUAUGACCCCUUAUUGAUCUCACUUGUUAAAUCCACUUCAAUCAAGGCGUGGAGACCGGUUAAAGAAGGAUUUUUAAGCCUCGAGACAAUUGAGCCGUGGAUUGUGUAUGUGUGCCAUUCARAGGAUGAAUGGUCAAGACAAUAGAUUUAAGUGCCUUUGAACGGGGUAUGGUAGUAGGUGCCAGGUGCAC